GCCGGCUCAUUUGCAUAUCUGGACCGGCGCGAUAGACACAGAAUAUUCUGUUUCUGCUGUGGAUUUUUACUAGUCUCAACUCAUGAUCAUUUCCUCAGCAUAGCAGUUAAUCAUUUCGCGCCACCCGAUAGUGAAUUGUGAUGCUGUGCUAUAUUAGUAUGCGCCAAUCCUUCCCGUAGCCUGCCGCGAUCUGACCGUGCCAAGCUGGCUUGACGCGACUACCAAAACAAAUGGCUGCCAAGUCAGAGGAUCCACGGGAAAAAGCUAAGAAGCCCAACUGUAUGAAGAGAUGUAGCAACGUCUUUGUGUCGGCUCUAGAAGGAUUCUUCUACAGACUUGGUAAGCUUGUUGCCGGUCACCCAUGGCUGACCAUCCUUCUGACGCUGCUCCUUGGCGGGUCCCUGAGUGCCGGGAUGGUGAAGUUCUACCAGGAGAGCCGGGCCGAGAAGCUGUGGGUUCCGUACGGCUCCCAGGCGCUGGUCCACGAGAACUGGGUCUCCGAGAAGUUCCCGGCAAAGUUCCGCUUCGAGUUUGUGCUCAUCGAGGCCGACAACGUGCUGGCUCCGUCUGUGUUACAAGCGAUGCUCGCAUUAGACACAUCGCUAAAGAACGUGUCGACAGAUGCUGCCAACUGGACAUCGAUAUGUUAUCAGAUCGGCCCUAACUGUUGGUCCAGUAGCCUGCUUGAGCUGUGGAGUUUUGACGAGACCACCAUCAACGGACUGACACAGCAGAACAUACUGGACAAGGUCAACCAAAACAACCUCAUAAGCCCAGUGACGUUCCGGCCGUACGAUGUUGAGGCCGUGCUGGGAGAAAUCAGGCGGGACUCCGGAGGUCUGAUAUCCGGUGCCAGGGCCACCACUAUGCUGUACUCUGUCAAGGACCAGAGCGUAGAAAGGCAGGGAGAGAGGGUUGAUGAGAUCAGGAACGAGUGGGAGAAGGGAUUUCUGGAGGUGGCACAGCAAAAGAGGUCAGAUGGGGUCACGGUGACGCCAUUUGCCACAAGAAGUUUCGGAGACGAGGGAGGGGGAGCGAUCCAGAGCGACCUGACUCUGCUGUCAGCUGGGUACUUCCUCAUCAUCGGCUAUGUCGCCAUGGUGCUGGGCAAGUUUAACUGCAUCGAGCAGAAUAUCUACGUGUCGUUGAUGGGUGUUCUGUGCGUGGGACUGUCCAUCAUAGGGUCCAUGGGGAUCUGUUCUGCCGCCGGCGCCGCGUACGGACCGGUCCACUCCAUCCUGCCCUUCCUCAUCCUAGGAAUCGGCGUUGACGACAUGUUUGUUGUUGUGAGCGCGUGGAACAACCUGUCCCCUGCUGACAAGAAGCGGGACCGGCGGCAUCAGGCGGCGCUGGCGCUCAAACACGCCGGCGUCUCCAUCACCGUCACAUCCAUGACGGACGUCGUGGCCUUCGGAGUUGGGGCCUCCACGAUCCUGCCAGCCCUGCAGUCCUUCUGUAUCUACGCGGCCGUCAGUAUUUUCCUGGUGUUCGUGUACUCCUGUACCCUGUUCUUCGCCGUCAUGUGCCUAGACUUUCAGCGCUGGGAGGGCCGGCGAAACGCAUGUUGCUGCUGCUACAGGCACAAGCCCGACUACAAGCCCACGGAGUGUUCACAGAAGGAUCGUCUGCAACUUUUCUUCCAGAAGAUCUACGCUCCGAACCUGCUGACCAUACCUGGCAAGAUCGUUACCCUUAUUGUGGUGUCCGCCGUUCUGGGAGUCAGUAUCUGGGGCAUGAUCAACCUGAGGCAGAACUUCGACUCCACGUGGUUCCUGCCCGACGGCUCCUACCUCAAACAGUACCUGACUAAAACUGAAGCGUACUUUCCCGAUGAUGGCUUCGAAGUGGACAUUUACGUCGGCGAUAUCGACUACUAUGCAGAGAGAGCCAAACUCCACACUCUUUACCAGAGAUUUGAGGACGAUACCUACGUCACAGAUGGCACCGUGACAAGCUGGUUUGAGGACUACAAGACUUGGGUGAAUUCUACCAAGAAUUCUACCCUGCUCGGGCCAGACGGCCAUGCCACGGAUAGCACCACCUUCUACCAGUGGAUUGUUCAGUUCCUGACUACAGACGCUACAGGACGGAGCCACUCGGCAGACGUGCAGCUGAACUCCACUACCUCUCCCGUCACCAUCACUGCGUCCAGAAUGCGCGGCACGUAUAAGACGCUAAGAGACUCUGCUGAGGAAAUCGAGGCCAUGGACAGUCUGAUCGCCGUGACUGAUUCUGUCGGCUUCAAUGGUGACGCCUUCCCUUACGCUAGGCAGUACAGGGGAUGGGAGACCAACAAGGUCAUCAAGCUGGAGUUAUACCGUAACCUGGGCAUCGCGAUGGCGGCUGUGUUCGUCAUCACCCUGCUGCUGCUGGCUGACAUCCUGGGCAGUCUGUGGGUCCUGUUGUGCGUCGUCCUCACUCUGGUAGACGUGGGUGGAAUGAUGCACCACUGGGGCCUGACUAUCGACACGGUGACCACAAACAUCAUGAUCCUGGCUAUCGGGCUGGCUGUGGACUACGCCGCGCACAUCUGUCACACAUUCCUCACCAUCAGCGGCACCAGGCAGGACCGAGCUCGUCUGGCCUUAGUCAACAUGGGACCGGCCGUCUUCAACGGAGGGUUCAGCACCUUCCUGGCCUUCGUGCUGCUGGCCACAUCCAACUCUUACGUAUUCAUCACAUUCUUUAAGGUGUUUUUCCUGGUGGUUGUGUUCGGGUGCCUGCACGGGCUGGUGUUCCUGCCGGUGGUCCUGAGCUGGCUGGGCCCGGCUCCGUACGCCACGGCCGGGGUGCGGGACAAGGAGCAGCCCGAUGCGGGGUACAUCGAGAAGGCUCAGUCCGAAGGGUUCGCCAACCCUGGCCUAGACAUGAACGGGGACGUGCAUGUAAGCACAGCGAUGAAUGAGUUUACAAAACCGGCAAGCUUCGAACCCAGAGUGACGUCACAGCCUGUUUACCCCCCGGAUAUCCCUCCGCCAGACUACGACGCCCCACAGGGUCAAGGUUCACCAAUCAGGACCAACCUGGGCUCCACCAACUCCGUACAUGGGCAUGGGGAGGCCGCCAUUAGAUGGGGGUCACGGGGUCAGAUCCCACAAGUCAGCAACUAG